CAGAUUCAAUGCAUUAUUUUUUAAAGAUCAAACUCGUAGGGAGACAUUAAUUUGUAUGCAUUUAAAAAAAAGAAAGAAACUAAUUAGCUACGCCCAACGCCAGACAACAUAGACGAAUGUGUAGACCACGACUUCAGUUUCUCUUUUUGAAACUUGAGUUUGAGUUUGUUUCGAGUUUGAGUACUUGUGCAUUAAUUGAGUAGCAAAAAUGGACUCCGUCUGAGUUGGUCUUUUUGAACAUAAAGAAUUUUCAACAAAACUGGCUUUGCAAUAUGUCAGAGUUUGGACCAGACUCAGGUGGGAGAGUUAAGGGGGUGACCAUCAUCAAACCUAUUGUCUAUGGAAAUAUUGCUCGUUAUUUUGGAAAGAAAAGAGAAGAAGAUGGCCAUACUCACCAAUGGACUGUGUAUGUCAAACCUUACAAAAAUGAGGACAUGUCUAUAUAUGUGAAGAAAGUCCACUUUAAGCUUCAUGAAAGUUAUGCAAACCAAAACAGAGUGGUAACUAAACCACCUUAUGAAGUCACUGAAACUGGGUGGGGAGAAUUUGAAAUUGUCAUCAAAAUAUAUUUUCAUGAUCCAAAUGAAAGACCUGUCACAGUGUAUCAUAUAUUGAAACUUUUUCAAAGUGAAACAAAUAUCAUGUUGGGAAAGAAACACUUGGUGUCUGAGUUUUAUGAUGAACUUAUAUUUCAGGAUCCUUCAGCCAUGAUGCAACAGUUACUAACCAGUACAAGACAAUUAACACUGGGACCAUAUAAACAUGAAACUGAUUUUGAAGAGAAGAAAGAGAAAAGUUUAAGUGCCAUCUUGUCUGCCAAGAACAAAAUUCGUGUAGAAAUUAAUGACAUGAAGGAAAAACUGAAAAUUGCUCGAGAAACCAUCUCCAAGUUUAAAGAUGAGAUCAGUCAAUUAGAAAAGAGCCAAAAUCAGAACAAGGAUAAAGAAUGAAAAUCAUGAUUUUUAGAUAUUCCUUGUGACUGAGGUAUAAGAUAUGAUUUAGAUGAACAGCUCACCAAAUCCAAAGAAACUGGCAUGAAAUAUAUAUCUUAGGUUUAGUUAUUUGGUAAAAAAAAAAAGGUUGAAAUAAAAGAUUGUGAUCAGGAAGAAUGAAGUGAAGAAUAUUUAAUGUUAAAACAUCUAAGAUUACAGUAGGUAUUUUGACAAAGAUAUAUCAUAUAUACACUGACAGUUCCAUAAGAUAUCUUUUGCCAAAAAGUAAAAAUCAAAUCUGUAGUAAUCUAUAUCAGAUACUAUUCAUAUUGAUUAACAUUUAAUUUUAAUUAGUGGUAUAAUAAGAUCAGAUUAUUACAACGUUUGUGUACUGUCAGAAUUUUAGAUAAUGCUUUACCACAUUUACAUGGCAUCAGUACUUCUGAAACUGACAAAAGAAUACUGGUAUUUAUUAAUAAACAUUUACUGUUACUUACCAGCAAUUAAAAUAUAAAAUGUCAGUUCCAAGAAUUUUUUCAAACAUGUAGAGAAAUAUUAUGUUUUUCUUCAAUAUCACUUGCAUAAUUUUCAGUUGUAGGUCUCAAUAUACUAGUGUUUAAUGUGUAAUUUAUUCUUUGAACUAUUAAUAUUCUAGUUUCUUAUGCUUUUACUCUGAGAUAGGUAUAUUGCAUUUGAACUUUGAGUACAAAAAAGGAUAACUGGCUCCAAAAAUUGGCUCAUUUUCUCUAUGACUGGAAGCAAUCAGGCCUUUCUCAAAGUCAUUUUAUGAAAAUUUUAUCCAAAUUCAGCAGUAAUAAUCUUCUAUUUUCAGCCAUUACAUUUUCUAAAUUACAAAGCAUAAACAUGCUCACUCAGAAACUGAAAUGUAUAAAUCUUACUUGUUGAAUUUUACAAAGAUAUGUAGUAAUGCAUACAUUUAUAUUCUUUAACUUGCAAGCCUUGAACUGAAAAGCUAAAGUCACAACUCUUUCUCCACAUAUACCGACCAACCAAAUUUGGGUAUUGUAUCAAUAAAAGUUUGAUGCACUCAA